AUGCACGCACAUACACACACACACACAUAUGUAAACACGCGCAUGUCACCUAUAAUGUUUGUUAUCAGAUAUGAAAAUUGCGCAGUUGCAAAAGUAAACAUAUAUCAACACGCACAUACACACACACACACACACACACAUAUAUACACAUACAAAUACAUGCAUACAAACACAUACAUACAUACACACAUACACACACAUACACAUACACAUACAGAUACACAUACAUACGCUUAUAUCUAUGUAUACACAUAUAUACACACACAUACACAUGCACAGACACACACAUACACAUACACGUACACACGCUUAUAUCUAUGUACACACAUGCAUAUCAUUCAACUAACAUUCCGCCUAAAUGGUACAAUCGAAAAUCCAUUUUCCACUCUUUUACUUUUCACAUACCAUCCAGAAAAUUUCUCGUUGAAAAAAGAGAGAGAGACAAGGAGAGAGAGAGAGGAAGAAAAAAGAAAGAAAAAAGGAAAGAGUAUAUGGAUGUAUGUAUGGAAUCCUUGA